AUUUGAUAUAAUGAAAUUGAAGACAUAAAUAGUAAUAUUGAAAUUCAUUAAUUACUAUUAUAAUUAACAUUUACCCACAUAUAACUUAUAUAUAAAUAUUAUGCUCCAAUCUAAGUUUGAGAACCACUGAAGUAGUCUAAUAAGAACAACUCUGUGUUUAUGAAAGCAAAUGUCAUGCGCUUUGAAGUGAAUAUAAAUUGCCAUAAGAAAUAUUAUAAAACCACUAAAAGCACGUACGAAAGAUACACAAAAUAAUUUAUUAAAGAACUUGAGAAAAUUUAGAAAAGUAACAAAAUGUCUAUACCCUUCAGUGGAGCUUUAAAGCGAUCAAAUGGUAUAAUUGCAGCAAUAAGCAAGCAAUUAAAAAGUGUAAAUUUAAAAGGAGUUAAGCGAAUAACUGUUACAUUUGAUCCAUAUGCAGAAAACGUGAGGUCUACAAGGGAUUUCCUGUCUUUGCUAUCAACUCCUAAAAUAUCUUUUACCAAUCCUAACUGCGUUAUAAAAACAGACGUAGUUUGCAAUCGUCAACCUUCGGAAGUGAAAUUUUCUUUAAUUGAUUCCGCACAAGAAAAAGCUAAAGUGAAAGAAAUCCGUUUUAAUAGCAGCAAUUUGACAACACUCGAACUCUUGCAACUCCUUAACAAACACGUCUCUACGCUAGCGCCAGUUGAGGAGAUCACAUCAAAGGUAACUACUAAAGCAGAAAAACAAAAACUAGCAGGCGGUGCUGGUGGGAAAAAAGGAUCUAAGAAAAAAUAAAGUCAAAACUUAUUUAAAACACACAGCUAAAGCUAUUUUACAUCAAGUGCUUCUUUUAGAGAUUUAAAAAAUGGUGAAAAAAACUAAAGGUACGCUAGCUGUAAUUGAACAGAUAUACGAAGAUAUACCAGCUUUUACCGACAUUUUCACUGAAGAAUCAUUUUAUACAUUCGUAUUUUGCUUUGUAUGUGCUACUAUUAUAGUAGCAUUCAUAUUAUCAAGAUUCAUCACUUUAAAACCUGUUGAAUUCUAAUAUUAAUGAAAUAAAAAAUGAAUUUUAAAUGCGCAUAAUAAAUAUUGCUAUAAUGUACAUAUAAA